CAGCCAAUUAAUAGAAGAACGUGAAAAAUGGCUGAAAGUGUGAAAGUAGCGGUGCGGGUUCGCCCCUUCAACUCAAGAGAGAUUGCCAGAAAUGCCAAAGUUAUCAUUGGUAUGUCGGGGAAGACGACGACGAUCCAGGAUCCGGAAAACAUGUCCACUGAUCCCAGACCUUUUGCUUUUGACUUCUCCUACUGGUCCCACGAUGAGUUCAAAGAAAAUAGCGAUGGCUAUUUGGAACCCACUGGAUCUAAAUAUGCAGAUCAGACGAAAGUGUUUGAUGACCUCGGCAGAGGGGUGCUGGACAAUGCAUGGAAGGGCUACAACUGUUCCUUGUUUGCGUAUGGACAGACAGGAAGUGGCAAAUCUUACUCCAUGGUCGGUUACGGCAGCAACAAAGGUAUCGUCCCUAUUUUCUGUGACGAGCUGUUCAAAGCAGUGGAGGAAAAACGUGCGAAUGCAGGGGCAGACGAAGAAUACCAGGUCACCCUCGGCAUGUUGGAGAUCUACAAUGAGCAAGUACGUGAUUUGCUCAACCCCAAAACUAUCAACCAGAAAGGUGGGCUGAAGGUACGACAGGACCCAAAGAAGGGUUUCUAUGUUGAACAGCUAACAUCCUGCUCGGUGAACAAUUACAAGGAGAUUGACAACAAAAUAAAUGACGGCACACGAAACAGAACUGUGGCUUCCACCAGCAUGAAUGCCACCAGCAGUCGAGCCCAUACAAUAGUAGCCAUCACUUUUACACAGAAGACUCCUAACGAGACUGGACAGAGCAUGACCAGGACCGCCAUUGUCAACCUUGUCGAUCUGGCAGGGAGUGAGAGGGCUGACUCGACAGGGGCUACAGGGGACAGAUUAAAGGAGGGGUCAGCCAUUAACCAGUCUCUCAGUUCCCUUGGUAAUGUGAUCAAAGCUUUAGCUGACCAAUCGACGGGCAAGAAGAAAGUUGUAGUGCCGUACCGUGACUCCGUGCUGACUAAACUUCUACAGAAUGCGCUGGGUGGUAACAGUAAAACCAUCAUGAUCGCAGCGUUGAGUCCUGCUGACAUUAAUUACGAAGAGACACUCUCUACACUUCGGUUUGCUGACAGAGCAAAGGCAAUCAAAACCACUGCUACUGUUAACGAAAGUCCCACCGACCGACUCAUCCGAGAACUUCGGGAAGAAAAUGCGCGCUUGAUGGAUAUGCUGAAACAAGGCGGGCUUUCUCCAGAACAGGCAGCAGCUCUAAUUGCAGGAGGAGGAGGAGGAGGAGGAAAUUCAUCUAAUUCAGCUAAUCAGGAUGAGGAGAUUGAGGAGAUGAAGAAACAACUGGAGGAGCAGGUGAGAAAGAACCAAGAGGAAAUGGAGAACAUGAAAAAGACUUGGAAAGAAAGGGCGGCAGAGUCCCAGGUGGCCAACUCGGCCAAUAUGGAAGAGGACAACAAGAGACUGGCCAACAGAAAGGUGGUUCCUCACCUUUGGAACCUGAAUGAGGACCCGGCCCUCACAGCCAUGGUUGUCCAUUUCGUUAAUGAAGGAACAUCCAAGCUGGGAAACAAAAAGGCGAGCCCUCCAGCAGAUAUUACACUCUCCGGGUUAAGUAUACUGCCAGCCCAUGCUGUUGUCACCAGUAAAAACGGUAAUAUAUCUAUCAAGCCGUUGGAGAAAGCUAAAAUUCUGGUGAAUGGUCAGAGAAUCAUCAAGGAUACACCUCUUCAUCAUAACGACAGACUCCUGUUUGGUGCCAACAAUAUGUACGUGUUCCACCACCCUCAAGAUGAAGCCAAAAAUCUUAAAGAGGGCAAGAAAACAGAGACACCUACAUUUGAUUCCGCUCACGAGGAGAUUGCUCAGAAAGCUGGUCUAAUGAACACUGAGGGGAAAUCUGCCGAGGACAUGAUCCUUCAAGAAGAGGUGGUCCAAAUGUUACAGCUGGUCAAUGAGGCUAACGCCAUGUCCGAAGAGCUGGACAAAAAGGUCAAGUUUGAGGUCGCCCUCAUCUCACCUCAGGCACGUGGCAUCAAGGAUGGACGGACUGUGGUGAUGGUGAAGAUGGCCAGUCAGGUUAAUAGUAAUGAAUGGAUGUGGGACAAAAACAAGGCCAUCAACCGCAAAUCUCUCAUGCAGCAGAUCUACCAGGAUUUCGUCUCGGGCGAAGACAACUGGGAUGUCCCUAAGGAACAAGAUCCAUUUUGGGAGCCAGCAGAUCAGGAAAUAUUAGUUGGAACUGCACAUCUCCACCUCAUGUCCCUGGCACAUGCAUUGGACAUUGAGGAGACACUGGCUAUCACAGACUACAAGGGAACAGAAAUGGGUCAUAUGUGUGUAUAUGCAAAGCCAUGCACAAAGGAUUACCAGGACUUAGCAGAGGAUGAUUUUGUUGAUGAGCCAAAUGACCAAAUUGGCAAAAAUUUCUAUUUCAUUCUCAAAAUUGACAACUGCAGAGGACUGCCUCAAAACAUAGCAAAGAGUCGCUGUAAGUACAAGUACUACACCGAUGACAAGUUCACUGAGACAAAUGAGAUGGAAAGUAUGAACCCAAACUUCAACUUUGAAAAGAAAUACAAGCAGACACCGGUUACUGAACAAUACAUCACCUAUUUGAACAACGGUUCCAUUGUGAUUGAGGUGUGGGGAAGACAGAAAAGUGACUCUCAAGAAGGUGCAACUUCAAAAGGUGCUGCCAAACCAGCCGCCAAACAGAACGCCAAUAACACUGCCCAAAAAAAAACAGACACCAAGACAUCAGCCAAUGACAACAAAAGUAAGCCUGCGCCAGCCCCUGCUGCCGCCCCUGCUGCCGCCCCAGUAGUUAAACAGGACCCUAAGAUGGCCGUCGAAUUGGACAAUUACAAAAAACGAACAAAUGAAGCAGAAGGCAAAUUGGGAAGCAUCCAAAAUCAACUUGCCGCAAAACGCAAGACUGGACAAACCACCAUAACGAUUGAUGAGCUUGAAGCCAUGUUAGGUGGUGGAAACGGAAGCAAAGCGGGUGGUGGAAAUGUGGACAAUAAUAGAAAUGAGAACCUGGGAGAAAACACCUCUAAAGCGUGUGUUAUCCAAUAGGAAUAUCAAUAUCAUCCAAUCAAAACUGAGCAAUAAUCAACCUCUAUUGAACAAUAUUUUAUUUGGGGUUAAGGUGUUUAUUAAUCAAUUUUAAUGACUUAAAAUUAUAAAUCUGUCCAUUGCACUGGAAUAUUAGCAGUUUGUUGAUGCUCUGAAAACUAUAAUAAUUUACCACUAACUGAAAGAGUGGAUUUUUUCACUAAUUUCAUAUCACCCUUAUCAGCAUGAAAUUUGCAUAUGCAAAUAUGUUUAUAAACUAAAUAGCAGAUAUAUAUUGCUAUAAACAUUGUUAGAUGCAGAAAGCAUCGAAAUUGAGUUUGAGGCUGUUUAUCAUAACGUACGUAGUAGAUAUAACCUUCGUUAACGUUAGAGAAAUAGCUACCUGAAUGCAUGGUGUUCUCAAUUCUCAAUGUUGAUUAUGACAAAAUUGUUAAUGUAACUUGACAGAAUUACAUAUGAUGUCUUUCAAGAAUCACGAUUUGUUAUUCUAGUCUACCUUAUAAUAUUUUAUAUCAUACCUGGGCUUAGGUAUAUAGAGAAUAAUACAUGUCUUUUUCCAUAUCACAUCCAGUAUCAACCUGAGACUUCAAUAUCAGCCCGAGGGCCAAAGGCCUGAGGGCUGCUAUUGGUCGAGGGUUUAUACUGGGUGUGAUAUGGAAAAAGACGUGUUUUAUUCUGUUUAUUACAUAUACUUACUAAUAAAAGCAACUAUC